AUGUGCUUUUUAAGACGGCCGGGAGCGCCUGCGAGCUGGAUCUGGUGGAGGAUGCUGCGGCAGGUGCUUCGCAGAGGGCUCCAGUCGUGCUGCCACAGGCUGGGCUUGUGCGUGAGCCGGCACCCGGUCUUUUUCCUCACCGUGCCCGCAGUCCUGACCAUCACCUUCGGCCUCAGCGCGCUCAACCGCUUCCAGCCCGAGGGCGACCUGGAGCGCCUGGUCGCUCCCAGCCACAGCCUGGCCAAGAUCGAGCGCAGCCUGGCCAGCAGCCUUUUCCCCCUGGACCAGUCCAAAAGCCAGCUCUAUUCGGACUUACACACCCCUGGGAGGUAUGGCAGGGUGAUCCUCCUCUCGCCACCCGGGGACAAUAUUUUGCUCCAGGCUGAGGGGAUCCUGCAGACCCACCGAGCCGUGCUGGAAAUGAAGGAUGGGAGGAACAGUUUUAUUGGACACCAACUGGGCGGGGUAGUGGAAGUGCCAAACAGCAAGGACCAGCGGGUCAAGUCAGCCAGAGCCAUUCAAAUCACCUACUACCUCCAGACCUAUGGUUCUGCCACCCAAGACCUCAUAGGGGAGAAGUGGGAGAAUGAGUUCUGUAAGCUUAUGAGGAAGCUCCAGGAGGAGCACCAGGACUUCCAGCUCUACUCUUUAGCAUCCUUUAGCCUCUGGAGAGACUUUCAUAAGACCAGCAUCCUGGCCAGGAGCAAGGUCCUGGUGAGCCUUGUGCUGAUCCUGACCACAGCCACCCUCUCCAGCUCCAUGAAGGACUGUUUGCGCAGCAAGCCCUUCCUGGGCCUCCUGGGGGUGCUCACGGUGUGCAUCUCCAUCAUCACGGCAGCAGGGAUCUUCUUCAUCACCGAUGGAAAGUACAACUCCACCCUGCUUGGAAUCCCAUUCUUCGCCAUGGGUCAUGGAACUAAAGGAGUGUUUGAGCUUCUGUCCGGAUGGCGCAGAACAAGAGAGAAUUUACCCUUCAAAGACAGGGUUGCAGAUGCCUAUUCUGAUGUGAUGGUCACCUAUACCAUGACCAGCUCCUUGUACUUCAUUACCUUUGGCAUGGGUGCCAGCCCAUUCACAAACAUAGAGGCUGUGAAGGUCUUCUGUCAGAACAUGUGUGUCUCCAUUCUGUUGAACUACUUCUACAUUUUCUCAUUCUUUGGCUCCUGUCUGGUCUUCGCGGGCCAACUAGAGCAAAACCGCUACCACAGCAUCUUUUGCUGUAAGAUCCCCUCCGCGGAGUACCUGGACCGCAAACCUGUGUGGUUCCAGACAGUGAUGAGUGACGGGCAUCAACAGACAUCCCAUCAUGAGACGAACCCCUACCAGCACCAUUUUAUUCAGCACUUCCUACGCGAACAUUACAACGAAUGGAUUACCAAUAUCUACGUGAAGCCGUUUGUCGUCAUCCUCUAUCUCAUUUACGCCUCCUUCUCCUUCAUGGGGUGCUUGCAGAUCAGCGACAGGGCCAACAUCAUCAAUCUACUAGCCAGUGAUUCUCCGAGUGUUUCCUACGCCACGGUUCAGCAGAAAUAUUUCAGCAACUACAGCCCGGUGAUAGGAUUCUACAUCUACGAGCCGCUGGAGUACUGGAACAGCAGCGUCCAGGAGGAUCUGAGGAGGCUCUGUAGUGGCUUCACUGCAGUGUCCUGGGCGGAGCAGUAUUACCAGUUCCUGAAAGUUAGCAACAUCAGUGCCAGUAACAAGAGUGACUUUAUCAGUGUCCUACAAAGUUCAUUUUUAAAAAAGCCAGAAUUCCAGCAUUUUCGAAACGAUAUCAUCUUCUCCAAAGCAGGGGAUGAAAACAAUAUUAUCGCUUCUCGCUUGUAUCUGGUGGCCAGGACUAGCAGAGACAAGCAGAAGGAAGUCAUAGAAGUGUUGGAAAAAUUGAGGCCCCUGUCCCUGUCAAAGAGCAUCCGAUUCAUCGUGUUCAACCCCUCCUUUGUGUUCACGGAUCAUUAUGGCUUGUCUGUCACGGUGCCUGUUCUGAUUGCAGGCUUUGGUGUCCUCCUGGUGUUAAUCCUGACUUUUUUCCUAGUGAUCCACCCUCUGGGAAACUUCUGGCUAAUUCUUAGUGUCACCUCAAUUGAGCUGGGCGUUCUGGGCUUAAUGACACUAUGGAACGUCGACAUGGAUUGCAUUUCUAUCUUGUGCCUUAUCUACACUUUAAAUUUUGCCAUUGACCACUGUGCACCACUGCUUUACACAUUUGUACUAGCAACUGAGCACACCCGAACACAAUGUAUAAAAAGCUCCCUACAAGAGCAUGGGACAGCCAUUUUGCAAAAUGUUACUUCUUUUCUUAUUGGGUUGGUCCCCCUCCUAUUUGUGCCUUCAAACCUGACCUUCACACUGUUCAAAUGCUUGCUGCUCACUGGGGGUUGCACACUUCUGCACUGUUUUGUUAUCUUACCCGUGUUCCUAACCUUUUUCCCCCCUUCCAAAAAGCACCACAAGAAAAAGAAACGCGCCAAACGGAAGGAGAGAGAGGAAAUUGAAUGCAUAGAGAUUCAAGAGAACCCUGAUCAUGUCACUACAGUCUGAAGGGUGUAGACAAAUGGAUUAUUUUUCUUUUCCAGUAUUGCACAAUGAUGCAGGGAGAGUAAAGCUCACUCCUCAGCUGCUUGGGCUGGCCAGGGGUAACAAGGAAAGUCAGAUCAAGAGUGAAUUGUUCAUGACACAUCAAGGUGUCCGCUUCCUGGGGGGAAGAGAGAAUCAAAGAAGAGGGAAAUGUUCUUUACAACCUUGUUCUCCACUAAAGAUAAGUUUGGGGAUGUGAUCUUAGAGCUCUUCCAAGGAAUGGACGAAUGAAUGAAGCGUUGGAAGGCCAAAAGAUCUCACUGCUUUUAAAAAUAAAAUGCUUAAGAAAGAUGGAGAGGAGUAGAAAGGGGGCCUCUAAGUAGGGGAAAAGACAGUAAAUGUCAAAAUUGCCAUGGCGUUUUUCUUAUUGGUUGAUCAAAGGAAACAGGUUGGUCAAAGGAAACCUAUGCACUUGGGAAGUACAUAUUUAAUCCCGUCUAAACCAAAGGACUUCCCAAUCCAU